GCUAAUAGCUGUGAGGGGAAGAACCUCACUGUAAAGAAUUGCCGAUUGGAAGAUACUCAAUGUUAAAUGCGAGAAUAUAUCGCGUCAGUAAGGCGAUUAUAAACACGAUUCAUUUAUACAAUAACCACGACUGUUCAACGAUGAGUGAACCAGUCAAGUCACCAUUUUAGUGCAAUUUCUUCAAAAAAAAAAAAAAUAAAAUAAAAAUUUUCACAAAGAAGUAAACCUUUGAAAAUCUCAGUGUCAAGUGUGCUUUUAUUAAAAAAAAGAACAAAAACCUUUCUUCUUCCAAGUGGUGGAACAACUCGAAACUUGAGAGUGCUGACAUUGAAUUUCGCGAGUGGAUUACAACAUUACUGCGGAUUAUUCAAAACGUUUUGUGUUUAAUUCAAGUUUUCUAAAAGCGAAAAAAUUAAAAUUCUUUACUUCGGAAAUAAAAAAGGACAAAUUAAAAGAUAUUUUCAAAAAUCCAAUUUUGAAAAGACAAAAAAUUUAUCUUAUUUUUAAUGAAAAUAUUUAUUUUACAAUAAUAUUUUCAAUUAAAAGAAAAAUUAUUUCACACACCUGUAUAAAAAAUAAAAUGACAAAAAUUUAACGAAUAAAAUAACUUUCAAAUAUAUAUAUAUAUAUUUUCAGAAGAGAUAUUUGUGUAAAAAAAAAAAUCUAAAAGACGAAGUAAAAAUGACGAAAAGUGAAAAGGACAUGGAAAUCAUAUCCGGAGAUGGUCUACGUUUGAGGAAGGAUUGCAAUAAAAAGUUAUUGGAAAUUAAAGGUGAUGGAUGUCGAAUAACAAUUGGAAGAAAUUUUGGCAAAAUUCGUAUUAUUGGCGAUGGUUGUCAAUUGAAGGUGAUUGAAAAUAUUGGCACCAUUGAAUAUAAAGGUGAUGGUGGUCGUGUUGAUCUCGGUCCAAAUUCAAGUGAGGAUAAAGUCACGUUUAUUGGACAUGGAAGCCACGUGAAAUAUCUCAAUGAGAAAUCACUCAAAUCAAAUAGAAGUCGACGUGUGAUUGAUAAUGAUAAUGAUGAUUCACGGGCAAAAAUUUAUCAACAAAAUAUUUUGCAAAAUGAGGAAAAAAAUAGAAAAACAAAUUGCAUUUUUGAAAAUGAAAAUCAAUCCAAUGAGAGACGUGAGGAGAGAAGAUGUAAAAUGAAUAAUGAGAAAAAAAUCAUCAACGAUCAAUCAUCAACAACAGUGAUAGUGACGAAAAUUAUUUUAGACGCAAAUGGCAAAUGUCAUACGAAUGUUAGGACAAUUUGUAAAAAUGCUAAUUCAACACGAUGUUAGUGUUACAGUAUUAUUAUAUUAGGUUUUGAAAAUAAAAAAAAUAUUUUCACAAUUUCUUUUUUUUUUUUUGCAAUUUUGUUAUUUAGAAAUGAAAAAAUUGAAUCAAAUUUUUUAAUUUUCUUGAAUUUAAAACAAUUUUUUUUUUGCAAAUUUCUUUUUUUAUAAAUGAAAAAAUUUAAUCAAAAAUUUUUAAUUUAUAUAAAGUUAAAUGCUUGAUAAAACUGAUGUGAAUAUUUUAAAAAUAGUAUUAAGGUAAUACAUUGAUCAAACAAUGUUUCACGUGUGCUACGGUUGCUAGUCAUCAGUCUUAAUCAUCAAUAAAUAUUAUAUAUAUAUAUAUAUAUAUAUAUAUAUAUAUAUAUAUAAUUCAUAGAAAAAAUUGGAAAUUUUUUAAAAUUUUCAAUUAUUUUUUUCCUUUGAAAAUAUAAGACUGUUUAAAUAAAACUGCCUCAUUAUUGCCUUAGUUCUUUAUUAAUAUUAAAUUCUACGAAUAUUAGAAAAAAAAAAUGUUUAUUUAGCAAAUUGAAC